GGAGAGGCGGUGCCCGGCCGCGCGCACCAGUCACGGCUGCGCGCCGCCACCCCCACAGCGGGCGGCGGUUAGUGCGCUAGGCCAGCUGCCGGCGUGGGACCGAGGAGGGCGGGAAGGCGCUUAACUGAAGGCUGGCACGGUUUCCUAGAUUUAAAGAAAGGCUGAGUUAGAGUACCCUUCCAAAAUGGCUGCUAUUAAGGAAGAGAGAGAUGUGGAAGACUACAAGAGGAAGGGAAGACGAUCUUCACAGCAGAAAUACCGUAGACUGAAUAAGGGCCAUGAGCCAAAGGAGCCAGAGCAGUUGAGGAAGCUGUUCAUUGGAGGUCUGAGCUUUGAAACAACAGAUGAUAGCUUGAGAGAGCACUUUGAGAAAUGGGGCACACUCACGGACUGUGUGGUGAUGAGAGACCCACAAACAAAGCGUUCCAGAGGCUUCGGCUUUGUGACUUACUCUUGUGUGGAGGAGGUGGAUGCUGCCAUGAGUGCUCGACCACAUAAGGUUGAUGGACGCGUGGUUGAACCAAAGAGAGCAGUUUCGAGGGAGGAUUCUGUAAAGCCUGGGGCACAUCUGACAGUAAAGAAAAUAUUUGUUGGUGGAAUUAAAGAAGAUACAGAAGAAUAUAAUUUAAGGGAGUACUUUGAAAAAUAUGGCAAGAUUGAAACCAUAGAAGUCAUGGAAGACAGGCAAAGUGGAAAGAAGAGAGGCUUCGCUUUUGUAACUUUUGAUGAUCACGAUACAGUUGAUAAAAUUGUUGUUCAGAAAUACCAUACUAUAAAUGGACAUAACUGUGAAGUGAAAAAAGCACUCUCGAAACAAGAAAUGCAGACUGCUAGCUCUCAGAGAGUAAAAUAUUUUGUAGGUCGUGGGGGUGGCUCAGGCAACUUCAUGGGUCGUGGAAACUUUGGAGGUGGUGGAGGAAACUUCGGCCGAGGAGGAAACUUUGGUGGAAGAGGAAAACAUUCUCAUCUGUUUUGUGUUCCAGGAGGCUAUGGGGGUGGUGGUGGCGGUGGUGGGAGCAGAGGAAGCUUUGGGGGUGGUGACGGAUACAAUGGAUUUGGUGAUGGUGGCAACUAUGGAGGUGGUCCUGGCUAUGGCAGCAGAGGAGGUUAUGGUGGUGGUGGAGGACCAGGGUAUGGAAACCCAGGUGGUGGAUAUGGAGGUGGAGGAGGAGGAUAUGAUGGCUACAAUGAAGGAGGAAAUUUCGGUGGUGGUAAUUAUGGUGGAAGUGGAAACUACAAUGAUUUUGGCAAUUACAGUGGACAACAGCAGUCUAACUAUGGUCCCAUGAAAGGUGGUGGCAGCUUUGGUGGCAGAAGUUCAGGCAGUCCCUAUGGUGGUGGUUAUGGAUCUGGAAGUGGAAGUGGGGGCUAUGGUGGUAGAAGAUUCUAAAAAUGCUACCAGAAAAAGGGUUGAAUGAGAAGCUGCUGCUUGACAAAAUGGGGAAUGUCUUGCACAUCCUCUUCAGUUGAAGGUUUCUGACUGGGUAAGAUUUGUAGUGUAUAGUAAAACACUUGUUUAACCCUUAUUCCCUUCCAGGCUUUCCUUUGCCAGCCUUUUAGUAUCAAGGAAAGCCUUAAGUAUAAAGGAGCGAGUAUUGCAGCGUGUGUCGUCCCGUGUUUCCUGCUGUGGAUGAAGGGUGCUUGCUGGCGUAAUUGCUAUUCAAGAGUCUUCUGUUCCUGGCAGGUACAAAAUCGCUGCGUCUGACACCAACAAGACAGAGAUGCUAAAUGUUUUUGAAAUACAUGCUCUAGUUACUGUGGGGGUUUUGAGAAAUCGGUCGUUACCUUGUAAUAGAAAGAGAAGCCUUAAAGAAGCCCAGAAAGGCACGGACGCUGGAGUGGUUCGUCGCAGUUCUCAGCAGCGUGUGAUCUUGUACGGGCGCUUUGCGUUGGGUACAGAGUGAUUUCCCUCCUAGGGAGGGAAUCUUGGCUUACCGGGGGGUGGGGGUUGGUAUUUCCCCGUACAAAUCACAGGGCUCCCUUUCAGGUUUUGGUGCUUUCAGGCAGGGUGGUUUAGUGGAGGCUGAUGCUGUCACACGAUACCCAGCGGAAAGCACGACUAUUUUUACAGAUGAAUGGCGAUAAAAGAACUGUUCAGGGGAUCUGGUUUUAUGCAUGUUGGUUCUUAACUCUUGGAACACCUAUUUCCUUUUCUGCAUCAUUGAUUAUUACAGGUCUAGGAUAUUUUUAACUCCUAUAUGGCAGUGUAGUACCUAUUUAAACUUGCCAAUACGUUUUUGAGUCUGCAUUAUUUUUGUGCAGUCAGUCUCUAUUUUAGUGUUGGUUAUGCUUCAGUUGCUCAGAAAACAAGAGUCAAACGGAACCUGUGCCUUUCAGUUUAACCUGGGGCUUAGGCAUGUUCACAGACUGAUUCAAUAUUUAAACUUUUUACCUGCUGUCUGUAAACAUCCAGAAAGCAAAUUCUUGACCCUGUAAUGUACAAUUAAAAGUUAACUUGGAAGUAACUUACUGCAGUAAUGUUGAGAUUUUCAUUGUUGACAAGUUGUUAAGUGUUUUUGCUUAGACAGGGUUGAGCCAAAAUUUGAAACUGCUGCAAUGAGGUAACAGUCUCUCCUCAGCGUAGUAUCCAGACAGCUUGUUGGCUGAGGUGAGGAGCUUUGCUUUCUUACGCCUGGAAGUGGAAAACCUUUGCUUUUCCUCUGCUAGGCAGAGUUGCCUUGUGAACUCCCAUGGGCAUCUUAUGUAGCAACAGGUAAUGGGGAAAAGCAUUCGUGCUGCUCAUGCUUAUUCAGUUGAGGGCAAAUGCUUUUUGUACUGGGAGGGUGGGGGGGGGGGGUUUUUACAAGUUUUUAACAGUAAAAUUUUGAAAAAUAUUUUAAGAAAAGUCAGUUUAACAAAAAGUGGUUUGCGUCCCGUUACUAGACCUGUGUACGGAGCAAAGCUCUACCUUUCUUCCACAUGAGGGGAUUCUCCAGUGCUGCAGACCUGUUCUCUGCUCAGUGAAUAUCUGUUAUUGGUCUGUAACGCUUUAGAAUAACUUGCUUAAUUUCAAUUACUUAUACCCCAAUUUGUUCAGAAAUAAACCUUGACAAAGAUAAACACGUCCUUAAGGAGUACUUGGUCCAGUGUGUCCUUGUCCAAGAGGCACUUCCAAGAGUUAAGAAUACCGUGUGACAGCUAGGUUUUCCGGUAGCGGCUGCUAUUAAAAAUAGCGGCUGGAGAUGGAGAAGUAAAGAUGUAAAGUUAACGAAGCAUUGGUCCCCAAGCUGCAGUUCUACAGAAGUUUAUUUGAUACCUAAACCCAUGUGUUAAUCUUAAAAGCAAAUGGUACUUCCAGUUAGUAAAAACAUGUUUCCCCAAAAGGGGCCCAGGUUGGUGCAGAUGUGAUGUUUUGUUAUUAUUAGGACAUGGAAAUUAAAAUGCAGCAUCUUAAUUUUUAUGUCUUUUAAAUGUUGUAAGGUGGGAAGGGGAAUGCUUCUUUCUAGUCCUUCAAGCAUUGAUUGUGUGAUGUACUGACUUGCUGUCUUUGGUUCCUGUGUUUAAGACAUUAACGUGUUUUCAUAUACUGUCUACACUGCAGUGGAAUAUUCGCUUACAUAUUGGUUUGUGGUCUCUGACAAGUGUGUGUACCUUAAAUUGUGUGGAGCGUGAAAGAACUUGAGUGUCACUAAAAUUCAGAUAUCUGAUGGGUGAUUCUUUUUCUGCUGUGGGUGCUACAGGUUGACAUCUCUAUCUAAGAUUAGCUUUUUCCUGAACUAAAGUAAUGCGAGUAUCUCCGUAGAAGAAAAAAUGGCCUUCAUAUAGAAGAUAAUAUCGCAAGAUUGGAAACAGAAUAAUAUGUUGUAAUAACUGGCAAAGACUUCAAGAGCAAUGGUGCCAGUGUGCUGAAAUCUUAGAACUUGUGGUUAAACAAGUUUAAAAAUAGCAUGGAAAUUAAAAAUUUCAGUAUAGUCCAUAAUGGAUUGAAAUUUGUUAAAAUAUUUUAAUUUUGUAUCAGAAUAAAGUGUAUAUUGUCAAGUGACUUACAAUCUAAAAUGCGUUGCCAUCACCUUUUUUUAGUGCUGUGUGCUGUGAACACAGAGUGGUCUUAAAUUACUGCAACACGCUGAGUUACAGGAUCAUCUUUCCAAGUUGGGACUGCAAGCCAGAAAACCUUGGUUCAGCCCUGCUCCUCAGCUUCACUUUUAAUAGUUUUAACACUGAAUGUUUUGAUCAAGAAAUAAAUGGUCUCCACGUGGAGACUUGGUGGUGUAUGAGGUCAGCAUUGUGAUGCAUUAGACUUGGCAAUGUCACUAGUCACUCUCAGGUCUGGGAACAUACUCUGUACCUCCGUAAUAAUAAAAUGAAAGCUAUA